AUGACUGAAAGGAGCGUAUCGGGCGCUGGUUCCGACAGGACUGCAUCUGCCAAGUCCAAGACCGGUGACGCAGCAAAGGAUGCGCGCGCAAAGGAAUCGCAAACAAUAUCUGCUGCCAAGGCUGAAAUAUCUGGCUCUGGCAGUCAUUCUAGUCCCAAAAAGCGCCGCAAGGUCAAUCACGCAUGCGUUUACUGUCGCCGCUCGGAACGACCUUGUGCACGAUGCGUAAAGCGCAAUAUCGGUCAUUUGUGCCAUGACGAGCCCAGGGAACCUGCGAAACGCGCUCGAAGCGACCAGGAGCAUUCCGCGGCAGACGAAGAAGGGUCGUCCAACAAUGAGCUGGGCAACGUUCAAAGUAUGCCACGGAAUGUCGAUGUCCCGGAUGCUGCCGGUCAGCAAAUCCUCUCAGACGGUACGAUCGGAAUUCAGCCCUCCUCGGUGCAGCCAGCAAACAUUUCUUCGUCCGGCCAGGGCCUCGAUAGCAAUCCGCAGCAGUUGAUGCCCUACAACGACUGGAUGGGUGGACAGAACCAGUUUCAGGAUAUGCACUCUCUUCAUCCAUCGUACAUGUUUAAUGCCCCUGAAGUGACGAAUGAGUACAACUUGCUCGGCGAUUUCCUCAGCAACAGUUUGCUAGAUGAUGGGGCGAUCUUCCAGAAUCAGGACAACCCUCAAGGGAUUUACUCCGAUCCUUCUCUGAUGAACUCGAUGAAUACAAUGAAUAUGCCAAACGGGUUACAACUCCCUGCGCAGCUUCCUCCUCCGGCUGUACCCCACGGGGACUCCAUCCAACGGACGGCUGCUCCAGCAGUGGUGAAUGACAAAGCACGCGAGACAUACUAUAUGACCGCGGCUGAUCCGUCCGGAUCAGACCCGCCAGAGGAGCGCAUGAAUAAGCUCCUAAAAGCAAAGUAUGAUGCUGGUUUGCUGAAGCCUUUCAACUACGUCAAGGGCUAUGCUCGGCUCAAUCAGUACAUGGAAAAGAACAUGCAACAAAUUUCUCGGCAAAAGAUUCUCCGACAACUUGACAAGUUUCGCCCCAAGUUCCGAGAGCGCAUGCAGAGUCUAACGGAUAUUGAGUUGAUUCUGGUGGAAAUGUGGUUUGAGCGAAGUCUGAUGGAGUAUGAUCGCGUUUUUGCUAGUAUGGCUAUCCCGGCCUGCUGCUGGCGACGAACCGGUGAGAUCUUCCGUGGCAAUAACGAGAUGGCACAGUUGAUCGAUGUACCAAUAGAGAGUUUGCGAGAUGGAAAACUUGCCAUUCACGAGAUCAUUGUCGAGGACCAGCUAGUCAGCUAUUGGGAGAAAUUUGGAGCCAUUGCCUUUGACAACACUCAGAAAGCUAUGCUUACAAGCUGUACUCUGAAGAGUCCUAAUGGGUCUGGCGACGGAAUCCAAUGCUGCUUCUCAUUUACGAUUCGACGGGAUAACCAUAAUAUUCCCUCCCUUAUCGUUGGGAACUUCCUUCCCACCCAGCGGAUACACAAGUAG